CAUACAGGUGCGAGUGGACAUUCGUGCGUAAUUUUCUGUCAGCUAGAAACGCGUGUAUUCAGCGUGAAUUCCCGCUGUUUGUCGUUACGAAGAGACAUUUACAGCUUCAGCUGAAUGUCUGUGACCAUCACACAGUGAACACCGCGCAAAUGGAGCAUGUUUUUACUUUAACACAACGGACCAACAAGCUGCUGUAGUCUGUGGCAGAUCCACGGGAAUAAAACGACGUAUUGUUUUUUUCUUUUUUCCUGGCACAAUACUGGAUUACCGGAGCUGCGGGAGAGGCUUUGAGGAAAGAUCUGGAUAACACACGGACCUCUAAUGUGAAACGACAGGUGCGUUUUCACAUUCGCACCUCGUUUUUUUUGUUUUUUUUGUUUUUUUUGUUUUUUUGUUUUACAGUCUGAUUUUCGGCCGGAGCCUGUGAGAUGCAGCCUCUACCUGACAGAUGUGUGGUGACACAGAUGCAACCUACAGAGAGCCCGUCUACCUGCUGCUGAUCGGCUGUGGUUGGCUGUGGAGCUCCGAGACUGCUACAGCUGCAAAUUUUCCCCAUCACCUUCAUCAUCAACGUCUGCCACUUCAAACAGGACGAUCCUCUGGAGGACAGUGGCUGCUUUUUGGCUGAUCAAAGCACCAGCAGUCAGAGAGUACCUGCAGACGAUGGCUCUGGCUGAGAUGCUCGUUUGAAAGCAGCAUGAGAUAAAUGAAGACUAACUUUCUAAUUGCUGAUUCAAGCUUUCUUCCCUUCUCUGUUUGGCACUGAUGAACAUGUUCCUGUGUGUUAGCUGACUGACACACGAGCCGGGGAGAAGCUCACUCAGGAGAUGGCUCGACCAGGAUCGGGGCUGCUGGUGCCCGUUAAUGGGCUGGGGUACCCGCCUCAGAACCUGGCCAGGGUGGUGGUCUGGGAGUGGCUGAACGAACACGGGAGAUGGAGGCCUUACAGUGCGGCAGUUUGCCACCACAUUGAGAACGUAUUGAAGGGGGACGCUCGGGGGACUGUAGUUCUGGGGCAGGUGGAUGGACAGCUCUCUCCCUACGUCAUCGACCUGCAGUCCAUGCACCAGUUUCGACAGGAUACAGGAACCAUGAGACCGGUGCAGAGGAACUUCUACGAGCCAUCAUCGGCCCCGGGGAAAGGUGUAGUCUGGGAGUGGGAGAACGAUAACGGCUCGUGGACGCCGUAUGACAUGGAGAUCUGUGUGACCAUCCAGAACGCCUACGAGAAGCAGCACCCCUGGCUGGACCUGACCUCUCUGGGCUUCUGCUACCUCAUCGACUUCAACAGCAUGUCUCAGACCAACCGGCAGAGCCAGCGCAAGAGGCGCCUGCGGAGACGCAUGGACCUGGCCUACCCCCUCAUCAUGGGCUCCAUCCCGAAAUCACAAUCCUGGCCUGUCGGGGCAAGCUCGGGUCAGCCGUGCUCCUGUCAGCAGUGCAUCCUGGUUAACAGUACAAGAGCGGCCUCCAACGCUAUCCUGGCAUCACAGCGGCGGAAAGUCUACGGAGGGACGGGGGGAAACUCGGGUGCUACAGGGACCAUCUCUGGGGUGCGUCAGAGCAACACCUUCGCUGGAACGUCUCUGUGGUCACCGACUUCCUCCUCGUCUGGAACAAACAAUAAUAAUAUAAGUGUAGGAGGUGGGCACACUAAAGCUGAACAGGUGCAGUCGCCGCUCUCCUCUGCCAACUUCCCCUGUUCCCCCGUGAUGCCGUCUCUCUCAUCCGCCCAUGGCCACCACGCGCUCACCAUCAACGGACAGAACAACCUGAAUCGGCCGGGCACUCAGCGCAUCUCCAUGGGCACAGCCAGAGGAGCAAUCCCACCAGGGGUUCCUGCUCUCCCAGUAAAGAACCUGACUGGAUCUGGACCAGUGCACCCAGCUCUAGCAGGUAUGACAGGUAUCCUGAUGUGCGCUGCAGGUCUGCCUGUUUGCCUGACCAGAGCACCCAAACCCAUCCUGCACCCACCACCCAUCAACAAGAGCGACAUGAAGCCCGUACCUGGAAUCAACGGCAUGCGCCGCAAAACCAAGAAAAAGCACCUGAGGAGAGGAAAAAACCCAGAGGACGUGGUGCGGCGAUACACCGAGAAGAUUAAAGUGGUUCCAGAUGAGGACUGUACCAUCUGCAUGGAGAGGCUGGUCAUGGCGUCCGGCUACGAAGGCGUCCUGCAGCACAAAGGCAUCAAGCCAGAGCUGGUGGGCAAACUUGGCAAGUGUGGGCACAUGUACCAUCUGCUGUGCCUGGUGGCCAUGUACAACAAUGGCAAUAAGGAUGGCAGUCUUCAGUGCCCCACAUGUAAAACCAUCUACGGAGAGAAAACCGGCACACAGCCUCCCGGGAAGAUGGAGUACCAUGUCAUCCCCCACUGCCUGCCAGGCUACCCCGACUCCAAAACCAUCCGCAUAGUCUACGACAUUCCUGCUGGGAUACAGACCAACGAACACCCCAACCCUGGGAAGAAGUUCAGUGCCAGAGGGUUCCCACGACACUGCUACCUGCCUGACAACGACAAAGGCAGGAAGGUCCUGAAGCUGCUCAUCAUGGCCUGGGACCGACGCCUCAUCUUCACCAUCGGCACGUCCAGCACCACGGGUGAGUCGGACACAGUGGUGUGGAAUGAGAUCCACCACAAGACAGAAUUUGGCUCCAACCUUACUGGCCAUGGUUACCCCGACCCAAACUACCUGGACAAUGUCCUGACGGAGCUUUCGGCGCAGGGAGUCGGCGAGGACAACCUGAAGGAGUGAGGUUGUCCUGAAACACAGAAACCACAACCCAUCAUGCAUUGCUGUCUCGCAGAAGACAGGGACACUGAAUAAUGGGCCAAAAUGCGUCCAAAAAUCUUUCAAUAAAACUCCCCUGCUGAAGUGGUGGAAUAAGAGCAGUGGAAGCAAGUAAACAACAUGGCUAUAAUCAAAUUUUUUUGAUUAUUAUACAUCUCCCCCCUGCUGAUCCAUGCCUUGAGCAUGCUGCAUUCAUGCCAAAUUUUCACAGGGAAAAAGAUGUCUAGUAAAAGUGAGAUUGGUAUCAUGUCAGUUGCUGCAGGUUUAAAAUCAAUCAAAAAGAAGCUGUUCCCACUUGCACUUGGAGUAAAAUAAGAAAGGGCCAACAUAUACAGAGGCAUCUUUAUAAAUGCUAAACCCUAGAAUGCAUGGCCCAGACUAACGCUGCAAUGUUUCAAUGUUUGGGAGAGUCUCUACAAUACAGUAAGGUGUUGAAAGAUAAGAUAUUGUGAAGAGAAAUUUGUGAGAAUGUCAGCAUUCUGAAUUAAUCCAAAUAGGUGAUUUAUUUUCCCUUUCAUUUUAAAAUUUCUUGCUGUCCUUUAACAAAUGGUAAAACUUAAAAAAACUGUUAAUUGAACUAUGAAUUUAUUACCAUGGAAAUUCAACUUCUGAUAGCAUAAGGUGAAUUCUUCUGUCAGAUGGGAGUGUUUUCUGUAAUGCAUGAAGUAGAAUGCAGAUUGCCAAAGGCCAUGAAAUAUUAAGCGUUUGGUGAUAAACGUAUGUUGUACGGUUGACCUUGCAAACUGUCUAUAAGAGGAGGUGAGAAAAAGACAGAACAAACAUCAGCUUGAGGCUUGUUACGAGCUGUUGUGACGUGAAAGAUUUAGGUUGUGAAGCAGAGGUUUGCCACGCUCCAAGGUUACACUCAUUUGUUUUGUUGACACACUGAUGACGCUGACCUCUGUGAAUAUAAAGCUUGCAUUAAUUUUCUCCCCGUUGGAGCGAACCCCAGCAUUGGCACGAUCCAUCAUGCUGACCAAACAUGAGGGGCUAGUGCGUGAUUGCGUGCUCUGAUGCAUUAAUUUGCUGGCUUGAAGUCUUUGAGGAGAAAAGCUGAACACGCGCUCCUCACAGAUGGACGUCCCUCUUUCAAACACCAACAGCUCAUCCCUGGAGACGCAGCUCGGGCAGUGCUCUGGCUCGCCUGCGAUCUACAAGUCUCUAGUGGGCUUGUUUGCUGUAGGCAGUGCACCAAGCUCCACUGCAUGUAUAGCCGGCAGUGAAACAUCUUAUUCCCAGUGCGAGCUCACACAGAGAUGUAAAGGCCGAUCCUGAUGUAUGGCCUUGAUGCUUCUCUCCUCCUCCUUGGCAGCAGAGUGCUUCAUUUAAAGAACCAGGCAAUUGUUGGUCUAAUAUGGUGUUAGCUGAGAGAUAUUUCUCCUCUCCUGCUCUCUUCCCCUUUAGAUUUAAUGCCUGUGAGCUGCAGAUUUCGAAGGUCCUUGGUGUUGAUCUUGUGAUGUUUUCUUUCUCUGAGAUAAAAGAUAAACCCAGUGCUGCAUAAUUCUCUAUAAAUAUAUCCGAUCAAUAUUAAUGAGGAGGGGUGUGGAUAUAAAGUUAAGCGUAUGGGCACCCAGCUGUGAGCUUAAUUUUGAAGUGAAUCAUAGUCUUCCAGUGCACACUGGUGCAACAGUUUUAAUCGGUCGUCUUAUUUUUAGAAACACGUCUUACAUUGCAGCUAAGUCUGUCUUUUUUAAGUUGACAUUUUUAAACUGGCUUGCAAUGCUUUGAAAAAUAUAAAUAGUAUACAUUUGCAGAUGUGAUAUACCUUUAAAUUCAAGCUCAAUUUGAGUGGAUGGUGUAAGUUUAAUUUAUUUUUAUACUCUUCUAUAUAGAAAAUAUGAAAAUAUACUGGCCCACAUAUAGACAGGCACAUGUUAACAUGAAUACAUAAAAUCUGACAAAGCUGAAUUUGUCAGUGUGUCAGGGACUGUUGAAAUAUGUACGACAUGUUAUGGACGUCUUAUAUUACAAGUAGUCUUAGCGUAUGCUGCUGUCGUUACCUUAAUGUAGAAUCUGUGUAGUUGAUCCCAGUUGGACUCCAAUAAAAACAGUAAAUGUGUCUUUAUUAUUGUUGGGGGAGCUUUAGCAGCAUGAAGAUGGCCGUCCCCCCCCCACACACACACACACACAAAUGGGCAAUUUGUCUUUUUCUACUUGACCAGAACAUUGGAAAGGAGCAAUCUUUGUGCCGUCUCAAAGUGGAAAAAAUGCACAUCUGGGUCAAAACAAGCUACAAAUGUUUCUUAGUGUGUGUUUUAGCUUUUUGAAGCAAAAGAUUGAAGUUAUCUUCUUAUGCCAAUAUUGAAUACACUAAAUUCAUUUUUUCCAAGCCCUGAAAACUGAAUAUAAGCUUAAAGUUGUUCAACUUUCACCCAAAAUUUGUUUUGUGUUUUUGAUCAUACACUUAACCAGUGUUAAUUUUGCCUACUAAUACUGUGACUAAAAAUGUUUGUAGACCAUAAUCCAUGAACAUAAUCCAAAAACUCUCACGAAAGGUAAGUAAUAUCUCACAAAAGACUAGAAUGUGAGGACUAAAACCAGACUAAAAUGCUUUUGAAGUUUUGUUGACUAAAUCUAGACUAAAACUACAAAUGUUAAAAAUGAACUAAAUUCAAAAUAGCUAUCAAAAUGAACGCUAGUCUUAACUUCUAAGCUAACCACUGUUUGUUACUUGGCUGUAAACUAGCUGAGACAGAUUUUUGAGGGUUUUAGUCCUAAAUUAUAGAAAGAAAUGAAAACUGGCGAGUGAGAAAGUGAGGGGAGCGACACACACUAGGCUACCAAGCUAUAUGCUAGUUAGCUUGGAUUUUAGCUUAAACUAUUUAAAAUAUAAAUGACAGAUUGAGGGUUAAAACUUAAAAAAUGUGCAAGGUGGUUUAGACAUUAGGUGUACCUCUAAAGAUUUAAAUAUUUUGGGGGAAAAAAUCUGACAUUUAAGCUAGCUAGAAAAUUCUGGCUAGCUGGAUAAACAAAAAUGGGUAAUAUUCUCCAUUAAUUUUCGGUCUAAGCCUUGCCAGGCAUACUAUCUUAAGGCUUCUUAGAUGUGAGCUGUAAACUGCUCAAGGGUUAAGUUUGUCAUUGAAAUAAAAUAACAUUCAAGUGAGCUAGCACUGUAAGCUAGCUGCCAAAGAUGUUAGCUGUAAACUAGCUUAACUCUGAAAGAACCCCUAGUAUUUUAAACAGCUAUCAACUACUUUACCAACUAAAUCAGAAGCAAUUUAUGCAAUAGAGAGAAAUUCCCAUUUUUUUAUUUCAAAGUUUCAGAGGGAUUAACUAGUUCUCACCAAAAUAAGCGUCAAUUUUUUGGUUCCUAUACAAGCUAAACUAAGCAAACAAAAAAACAUUUGUAUGCUAAAUGAAGACCCAGGUGUUGAAACAGUCUUUGUUUGGCCUGUUCCAUCUCCUUCACAACCUUUUUGACUCCCUUUAUAAUACGGGACAGCAGAAGACGAUGCUUCCAAUCUAUCAGGGAACUUUUUCCAUGUUGACAUUAACUAGAGAAAUCCAAAUGUUUGCUUCUUCGAGUUUUUCUUUCAAUGUGUCGGCCUUGUUGUGUGAAGGAUGCAGGCCGGUCAGACUUUUCAGGUGUGUACAGAAUUAUAUAGGAAAGAUUGAUAAAAAUGGUUUGGUAUUUGUCUGAUGAAGAAAGAGAGAUGGUGUUUAUGCAAUUUACUAUUUUUAAGAUAUUAUACAUGGUUUAUGUGUAGCAACAAGGCUGAUAUUUUGGUUUAUAUGACUAUGGAUGUUUUCUUUAUGGGGUGCCUACCUCCAGGUUUCAAAGGGGCCGCAACCCGAAGAUGUCCACAUGCUAUGUAUUAGAAAACAUAUAUUUUUGAUGUCCUUUUUUUUUUAAAUAAUGAUUGUCUCUAAAAGAAAUAUUAUAUUGCUGUAUUACUCUUAUUACAAUCCAUUCCAUACUAUUUUCCAUUUGAUGAAAAGUGGGAUAAAGAGUGAUUCACUUUUUCCUAACAUAUGAAGUAUUUACAGUUGUACUCUCACAUAGCGUCAGCUGCAAACUGUACUUCUCUCUUAAAUUGAUACCUUAACAUUUUCUGUGGGUAUACUGUAUGUUUGUAUGUGUUCGUCUGUGCGAGUGUGUGAACGUGCACAGGAUGUGCAUCCAGUAAGCAAAUCUUAGGUUCAUGUCCUUUAAAGAUACAGUAAUGUUCUCCUAGAGGUGCAUGUUAACCAAACUGUGAGCAGGUUUAUUGACAAUGCAUAGUUUUUUGCGUCUUAAAUCAUCAUAGCUUAUUUAGAAAUAUCGCCCAGGUCCUCUGGGGAUUUAGCACUGUGGUUUUGCAUCUUUCUCCAGAUAGAUAGAAAGUAUUUUUCCUCUUUCAGGUUUGAUUUACACAGUUGGGGACCGAGGUGGCGUUUGGCUGCUCUCCUCACUGUUUUGACAUGUAAAACAUCUGAAUGUUUUGCAUUUUAAGUGCCCAUUUAAAUUGACAUUCUCAAAUCAUGAUUUCUGUGGUUUGAUUUAAGCAGUGUCUACAUAUUGCUAUUGAAAAUGGUCCACAAAGAGUGACUGGAAUAAACAGAAAGCAAGAUAUAGAGACAUUGAUUAAACUAUAAAGGGCUUCUUAAUCUAUCAGUCUUUAUUGAAUUGUGAUGACCUUGUUGCAUGUUUGUGUGUUCCUUGUGGAAAAUAAAUGUGCCCUGGACAAGGGUAGUUUGUUUGA